AUGGCAUCUCAAGACAACCAGCUACGGCCAGCCGUCACCAAGAAGCAGGUAUCCUAUACCACACCAGCUUCCGGUACUCCUGCUCACCAUGACUUCGGGCCCGAACACAAUUCCUCCUCGAUCAAUCGGGGAUCCUACGAGAAGCCCGCUUCCAGAGGGUCUGACAAGCCAUUCACAGAAGACCUAGAGGCUGGAAACCAGAGGACGCAACCUGUUCGGCCCACCCUUUUCAACAGAACCUUCACCCAGCAAUUCCGAGCCGCAGAGAUCGGCGAGGGCGAAGUGGACUUCGCUACCCUCUCUCAGAAAGAGAAGCGGAAGGUUGUCAAGACUGGGAUGCUCUCGUACAUUGUGGACGCGAGCAUCAAGAAUCACAUCGUCGCCGCCCUGGGCGAGUUUGUUGGCACAACAAUGUUCCUCUUCUUUGCGUUCACUGGUACUGCUGUCGCGACUAUCGCUCCAGGGGAUGGCUCCUCAGGAUUCAACAUCUCCGUUCAAACAUACAUUGCCCUCUGCUUUGGCUUCUCUCUGAUGGUCAAUGUGUGGGUCUUCUACAGGAUUUCGGGUGGCCUCUUCAACCCAGCUGUCACCCUGGCCCUUGUCCUGAUCCGCGCCAUCACACCCAUCCGUGGGGUCUUCGUCUUCAUCGCGCAGCUUCUCGGCGGCAUCGCAGCUGCAGGCCUGGCAGAAUGCAUGUUCCCGACCAAUCUCAGCGUCAGCACCACCCUAAGCGAGGGCGUGUCCCUUGUUCAGGGCGUGUUCAUCGAGGCUAUUCUGACGUUCGAGCUGGUCUUCACCAUAUUCAUGCUUGCUGCCGAGAAGCACCGCGCCACCUUCGUCGCCCCCGUGGGCAUCGGUCUCGCCCUGUUCAUCGCUGAGAUGAGCGGCGUCUAUUACACUGGUGGAAGUCUGAACCCGGCCCGGAGCCUGGGGCCUUGUGUUGUCGCUGCCGAAUUCCCCAGCGAGCACUGGAUCUACUGGGUCGGUCCGGCCAUCGGCUCUUUGGUUGCGUUUGGGCUCUACAAGGCUAUUAAGCUUUUGCGGUACGAGAUGGCGAACCCGGGACAGGAUUCACAUGAGUAA